AUGCUGAUGAGGAAGCCAAGCAAUUGCAGGAUGAAGAAUCAGAAGUCAAGGAAAAAGUCACUGUCAUGUUGGAUGUAUGUUAUGGGAGUAUUUGCUAUGAGGGAAGCUGAGGCAGCCCAUCACACCCACGAGAUCCUUUUUACUGCAGUGGGUACAUCAAAGACACUUUUGGGCUUCACCAUGGUCAGCUUCUUGGAUGAUGUAGAGAUUGCCUUCUAUGACAAAAAACACCAGCAGCUUGUGAUCAAGGAGGCCUGGGUCUCCCGUGCCCUGGGGGCUGACUUUGUAGAAGAUCAGCAGUACAGGCUGAUGAACAAUGAGAUUGACUACCUUUGGGCCCUCCAGAAUUGGGUACAGAAUGAUACCUUGGGCAAAGAGAACCACACAGUCCAGAUCUGGCAUAACUGUCACCUGGACCGAGGCAUCCAUGUGAGCAGCCGCAUCUGGUGUGCUGUGGAUGGCGAGGACUUCUGCCAGAUGGAUGAGCAGAUAAACCACUGGGUGGCCAAGAAGCCUGAGGCUAAACCCGCCAUACUCCUCGCAGAAGUGAUCUACUGCUCCAAGAAGGUGAAACGCUACCUGGAAGACUAUUGUGUCCAGCCAAUGAAAAACAUCCUACAGUAUUCCAAUGUCCGGGAUAAUGUACCCCCAGAGGUGACUGUGUCCCAGCAUGAUGCCCCAGAUGGCAACGUCACCCUCAUCUGCACAGCCACAGGCUUCUACCCCCGCUCUAUCCUGCUGCGCUGGGAGAAGGAUGAGCAAGUGGUGGUGUGGGGGCAAGAGAGCUCCAGCGGCAUCUUGCCCAACAGUGAUGCCACCUUCUACCUCCAAAUCACCCUGAAGCUCCAGUCGAGGAACAUGGAGACAGGAUACAGCUGCGUAGUGGAGCACAGAGAGCUAGAGACUCCAGCUAUAUACCCUGUGCCUGUAAAGCCCACCAAGGUAAGGCCUUGGCACGUGGCCCUGAGCAUCCUGACAGUCAUCACCAUGUUGCUGAGCUGUGUUGUUGCUUUCAUCACAUGGAAGAAGAGGAAGACAGAGUCUGCCUUCGCUGUCUCACCAGGCUCUGCAAAUAAAUGA